AUGAAGAUUGGGACCUGCAUCAACACUCAGAGAGUCAGAGUGCUUACUGCUUCCCGGCAGCGAGGAGGAAGGGGAGUGACGGCGACGACAAAGGAGACGGCCACACCGGCGAACACAGAGAGAGAGAGAGAGCGCUUGAACAGGGGAGACGUUCCUGCGACGACGACGGAGCUUCCACGGUGCGACACCGGCGAACAGAGAGAAAGCACGCUCGAGCAGAGGAGAUCCAGUGUCUGUGGGUUACGCGGGGUUGUGGGGUUGCGGUGGGUGCGGCGGUUCCAGUGGUUGUGGCUCCACCGGGUUCGGACCAAGUCGUCGGGUUCGGGUUACUCGCCGCUGAACGAUCCCUCUCCCAAUUGGAGCAACCGUCCGCCCAAGGAGACUAUUCUUCUCGAUGGCUGCGACUACGAGCACUGGCUCAUCGUCAUGGAGUUCCCCGAGAAUCCCAAACCCUACGAACAACAAAUGGUUGAUGCCUAUGUCAAAACGCUAGCUCAAGUUCUUGGAAGUGAGGAAGAGGCUAAGAAGAAGAUAUACUCUGUUUCCACUACUACAUAUACUGGUUUUGGCGCCCUCAUUUCCGAAGAGCUUUCUUACAAAGUUAAAGAGUUACCUGGAGUUCUUUGGGUGCUGCCGGAUUCAUAUCUUGAUGUUCCCAACAAGGACUAUGGGGGUGACUUAUUUGUUGAUGGGAAAGUGAUUCCAAGGCCGCAGUAUAGAUAUUCUGAGAGGCAACCAACUAGGAGCAGACCUCGGCCACGGCAUGACAGGCGUCGUGAAACAAUGCAGGUUGAAAGGAGAGACCCUGUUCAAAGACAGGACUGGAACCAAAGUCAGGGAGGACCUAUGCAGCAAUCGACUCCAAUGAACAGUCAAAACUCUCCUUCUGGUGGACCAAAAUGUUAAACAUGAUCUCUGCUUGACAAAUUUCCCCCAUAUAACUAAGAGAACUUAGUAGUUGUAGUGGAGAAUUCUGAUUUAAGUUCUGAAUCUGAAGGCAUUGUAUGUCCCAUGGUUUUUUAUUUGGAAAUGACUCUUCCUGAACUUGGACAUCAUAUGAUUAGAAUCUUUAGUAUCAUUAUGAUGAUGUGAUAUCCAAUUCAGAUCGUUUACUAUUAAAUUGAUAAACUUUUGGUUGAUUGUACUUAUCUUAGUAUUCAAAUUCUCGCAGCAUGGAUCCUUAGUAAUCUGGUUAUUUUUUUGCCAGAGCCAAAGCAGUUCGCC